GGAGCAGGAGCGGCACAUUGCAGCACCUCUGCUAGAGGCGCAGAGGUGAGGUGGGGUGGACCGUGUCCCUCCGCCACCCUCUCCCAUGUACCAGGAGGUGGCUGACUCUGUCACUCAGGGCCUCACCGAGCCAUGCCCAGCUGGGGCCAGGGCCAGCCCCACCUUCCCGGCUGCACUGCCCACUGCCAGACAGAACUCCUUAAUCUGCAGCCUCUCUGACCAUCCAGUUGGCAAAGACCUGCAGGCCAUGAGGACCGGUCAAAGACAGAACAAAGGGAUGAGGACCCGCCUGGGAUGCCUGUCUCACAAGUCAGACUCGUGUAGUGAUUUCACAGCUAUUCUUCCUGACAAACCCAACCGUGCUCUAAAGAGACUAUCCACAGAAGAAGCCACGAGGUGGGCAGAUUCCUUUGACGUGCUUCUCUCCCAUAAGUAUGGGGUGGCCGCCUUCCGCGCCUUCUUGAAGACCGAGUUCAGCGAGGAGAACCUAGAAUUCUGGCUGGCCUGUGAGGAGUUCAAGAAGACCAGAUCAACGGCAAAACUAGUCUCCAAGGCCCAUAGGAUCUUUGAGGAGUUUGUGGACGUGCAAGCUCCCAGGGAGGUAAAUAUAGACUUCCAGACCCGAGAAGCCACGAGGAAGAACAUGCAAGAGCCAUCCCUGACUUGCUUUGACCAAGCACAGGGAAAAGUACACAGCCUCAUGGAGAAAGACUCUUAUCCCAGGUCAUGUAAUUAUGAUGGGGGAGAAUGGGAACUUAGGCUGUAACUCUUCAGCUCGCUUCUUGGGAGCAUGCUUUUGUAGAGAGGUCUCUCUCAUGAGGGCCAUCUUGGUUAUUCAGCAACUUCCUUCUUGAUCUCUGACCUUUUGGGAUUGAACAUGGAACAGGAGGUGAGGCUAAGAUCACUGUGAACAUCUGGCUAUGGAGACUUUUCCUAAAAUGCUUUCAUGGUACCCUGAGGCUCCUUUGGGAAAUGUGUCAGGAUACUCUUCCUUGGAGGAUGAGCACAAAGCACUCUAGCUGCCUGAGAAAAAUUUACACAGAUUUACAGUGCCAGGGAUAUGAAUCCUCAGCAGAGAGAUGGGAGAGUAGAAGAGGAGCCUGGAAGAGGCUGGUCUCCAGGUGGACCAAAUCGUAGAGAAUAUUGUGGAGGUACUACUGGGGUAAUUCACAGCUGAUGGAUUUGGAUUCAUUGCAGAUUUCCAAAACGUUCAGCUUGAUUAAAUGAGAUAGCUCUGAUUAGACAUCAUCUCUGGAGUGUAGGUGAUUGAGAACUGGGCUGAAGCAUUCUCCUUUUGUGGGGUGAUGGGCCUCUUUAGGUACACAGGAUUCCAGCGUUUGCAUUCCUCUCCAGUAACUUUGUGCAUCUCUUCCUUCUUUGGCUGCAGCUAGACAAGUUCAAGAAGGCUCUUGAGUCCACUGGUGUUAGGGUCCAUCGUCCUGCCAUGACACGUUGUAUCUGUAAGUGAGGGCUGGUGAGUCUGUCUGAACCAUCAAGGAGCAAGAGAACAUGUACCUCCUAGCCCUCACACUGAAGCAUUCUGUGAAAUCUCAUGUUCAAGAACUCUGAAGCCUCAAAUAGGUGUUGUUAGUUAGAUCAGGUAGUGUUCCCCUGCCCCCACUGAUUAAAAAAAAAAAAACCAAAAAAAAAAAAAAACCCAUUCUUAGCUAAAGCUGCCGGAAUUAAUUUAAUGAUCAAAUUCUUGAACAGGGUAUUUUAAACAUUGUUUACAUAUGAAAUGUACAUCUGCUGCCAACUCUUCUGUUGAAUAUGAGGUGCAUGUAGAUUGGAAUGGCACAGAGUUAUGGAAAAAUGAAAUGUUUCAGAGGGGCCUUUUUACCACUUCCAUUAUCCCCAGGAGAAGUCUGAACAAGACUGUAGUGCAGUGGCCUCACCUGAGGCCUUGAGUUCUUGCCAACCAUUGGCGGAAUGAAGGCUGCAGAUGGCGGUGCCGUGGCGCCCGGUGACUUCCUCCCACAAUGGGGAGGUGUGAAGGACCAAGCUUGGGUAUCCUGAAUUUUGCCGCUAUUUGAGUGUACGUGGGCAUGUGUCUGUGUGUUGAGGAACGUGAUGGCUAUAUUUAUGGUACUCCCAUGGAGUGUUUGCGUGCGUGCGUGUGUAUGUGACCAUUGUGAGCAUGAGUCCAGGACAUCACAGAGACCGUCUUCCCAUGGGGUGGAGCUGUCCUCACACCCUUUCUGUCCUGCUUCCCACAGAAGGCACAGAGCUCUCUGCUCGGAUGCCUACAUUCAGGCACUUAGGUCAUGCCAACCCAGAUUUUGGUCUGUGAUGAAACAAAGAGAAAUGUUUACAACAUCUAGAGCAAUAUCAAAGCAUACCUCAUCCCUGACCUUCCAUGUCCCCCAGUCCUUGCCCUCUUGCCCAUCUCCUCUUCCACAAGCCCUCAUUCCCCUUGCUAAGUGGGCAUCUGCAGGUGCCAUUUCUUCCAUUUAAGGUCUUCCUUUUGUCCUCAUGCCGGGCUUGUGCUGUGGACUGCCUUCUGGGCUUGAGGCUUGCUCUGGGCCUGGGACCUCUGAAGACCCAGGGCAAGCCAGAGCAGGAGGCCAGGUAGAGCUGUAAUCUUUAGGACUGCUCUCCACCCCCAAGUGGCCUUUUGGUCCCACUUGAGUGUCAACCUGUUUUUAGGCUAGUGUGAGAUUUCUCGUUGCCUUUGGCAAACCAAAAUCAGUGACAACCAUUCAUAGCCCUGGGGCACCUUUGGGGUGAGGAAGGAUCCUCUGAGCAUGCCCAGGCUCACCCAGAAAACCUGUAACAACUGCUAAUUCCCAGGGGGCACACCCAGAGAUGCUGAUCUGAAACACCAGGGUGGGACCCAGAAAAUGGCAUUUUUAAUCAGUUCCCACAGACCAUGCUUUGAAAGAAAGAUGGUCUAAGAUGGUGGCUCCCACCAUUGACUGCUCAUUGGAAUAACCUGGGGAGUUUUAAAACCUAAAUGUCCAGGUCCCACCCCACAACAGCUUGGGACCGGGAGCCAAGACAUCAGUAGUUUUUAAAGCUCCCCAAGUGGUUCCAUGUGCAGAUGAGGUUAGGAAGCACUGGCCUGGGGAGUGAGGAUGAGCAGAGCUGAGCUUAUAAAAAGGUGUGGCCAACAGGGCUGGAGCAUGCCCAGAUGCAAACAAGCGCAACAGCCUGGAGCCCGCCAGCCCUGAGCUUGAUUUUCGGAGGCUGUCUCUGGGCUGUCUCAAUCUGAUUUGCUCCUUUGAGACCAAAGUGUUCCAGCUGCAUGCAGAGUUAAGCAGCAGGUAUGCCAAUGGCGGGGGGCUCUGGCGGGCAUUUGAGAGAGGUUCUCCCACUCAUCCUGAGUCUCAUUCACAGUGCUUCCUCCAAGUUCGCUUCCUGGGCUGCUCCCUCGUCUGUUUGCUCUCAUGCACUCUGUGUUUGGUUGUCUGCGUUAGGUUGUACCUCUGCAUCCAAGGCCAUGAGAGGUGGUGGUAGUUGGAGCUCAGGUAGCAGGUGAAGGGUGUGUUGGGGUAAUAACAGUGGUCGCAACUUCCAGGUUUCUCAGUGGAGGGUGUCCCACCCCCGGAAUAUCACGCUCUUCGGGGCUUCCUUUUCCAAGGCCAUGGUGGGGCUUCAGUGCCGGCUGUUAGCCCUCACAACUGCCUCUUUGGUCUCAGGCCGGGUGGGCAGCUGAAAGUUCCUAGUUGAUUUUAUUCUCUGGUGCUUCCCUCCCCGGAACUUGCUGCUCUGAAUAAACCAAAGCUGUGAAACGGUGUUCUGCCCAGGCUGCAGGCCCAGCCUCCGGGUGCGGGCCCGGGCUGUGCACCUGCCCCGGGCCCUGGACUGUGAGGGAAAGACACGAAUCCAUCGUGUUGAGAGCUAGGGGGGUGGGGGUGGGGGGCGGCGAGAUGAAGAGGAAGGAGCCGGGUGGGAAAGAGAAAUGGCUGAGGUGCUGGCUGGCUCUCCACAAAGCAGAAGGGAGAGGUGAAAAGCCGUACAGGCAGAGGCAGAGAUGGUCCCCAUUGACACGAACGCCCAGAACCGUCCCCACCCUGUCCGUGCCUGCUUCCAAGCAAAGCAGAGGAAGCUGAUUUUCCACCCUACACUGUCAGUUAGUGGGCUGAGCAUCAGCCCUCAUUAAGUAUGCAUCUCUCCGGGUCAGAAGCAGGAGAGGCACAAAAGUCACCCCUGCCUUGAGAACCUGUGCCACCUAGCCUGAGAUCGUGGAGGAAGAAGCCAAGAGCAGAAAUGUCUUCCUGUCCCUGUGGCCUCUUGGGACUGCCCAGGGAUGCCGUGGACCAAGAUGGGAGGCUGCAGGACGGGGCCACUGGCCUUCCCAGGUUUGGGAUCCAGGCCCUCUCGAUAAACUGCUCCCUUGUUUGAUUGUUACUCCCUUUGGACCCUUGGGCCCCUUCGGCCGCUCGCGCGCUCCAGCCGCGGUAGCAUUAGCUGAGUCACACGGCGCGCACAACAGAUCUGUAGCCGCUCAUCUGCCAUGUAAGCUGCUUGGCUGAUGGAGUCCUCACUGAGUUGUCUCAUUACUGUGCAAAGUGGAAUAAUGUCAUUCACCUUAACUGUAAACAAGGCUGUGAGAACAUAAUAAACAGACCCUGAACACACUG